AUGCCUCGACAGAACAUUAGCGGCGGCUCUUCCUUUGAAUACCAGAUUGGCUACUGCCGCGCUGUUGUCCUCGACGACGACUGGAUCGUCGUGUCCGGCACAACUGGAUACAAUUAUGAGACGGGUGAAAUUUCCCCCGACGUCGUGGAGCAAGCUGAGCAGACACUACUCAACAUUGACAAGGCCUUACAAGACGCCGGCUCCUGCAUGGCUGACGUAGUCCGCGUGCACUAUAUCCUGCCCGACCGCAACGACUUCCCCACGACGUGGCCAGUACUGAAGAGGUGGUUUGGCGAGGUGCGCCCGGCGGCGACCAUGAUACAGGCGGCGCUGAUGAAGGAGGAGAUGAAGAUUGAAAUUGAAGUCACGGCCAAAAAGGGCUGCAGCAAAAAGUAG